GAACCAGACAUAGACCGAGAGACAGGCGAAGGAAGGACCGAGCCCAGACCAAGAUCCAGUCUGUUGAUGGUUCCACCUGGGACCACAGGAACCCAAAGGAAAAGAGAAGUGUAUCCAUACCUCUGCCUCAUGCUAGGGUUCUGUAGGAGGAGGAGACAGAGAAGACUCAUAUUGCUCUUCCAUCUUGUGUAGAAGUCUAAACAAUGUGUCUCCCUUGGAAGAAAAUGUCAAAGUCCCUAAAAAAGAUAGUGGAGGAGAGUCGUGAUAAGAAUAUCCCGGAGGUGGACAUGUGUGACAGAGGAAUAUCAAACCUGCUGGAUAUUCCUGGCUUGUUCACCUUGUCCAACAUAACCCAACUGGUCCUGAGCCACAAUAAGCUGAGUGGUGUGCCUCCUAACAUUGCAGACCUGAAGAACUUGGAGGUGUUGAACAUGUUUAAUAACCAGAUUGAGGAGCUUCCAACUCAGAUCAGUAGCCUUCAGAAACUGAAACAUCUGAACCUUGGGAUGAACCGGUUGAGCACUCUUCCACGAGGGUUCGGAUCUCUUCCGGCGCUGGAGGUUCUGGAUCUGACGUACAACAAUCUGAACGAGUCCUCACUGCCCGGAAAUUUCUUUUACCUUACCACCCUGCGGGCGCUCUAUCUCAGUGACAACGAUUUUGAGAUUUUGCCCCCAGACAUCGGCAAGCUGGCCAAGCUACAGAUAUUGAGUUUGAGGGACAAUGACCUCAUCUCUCUACCCAAAGAGAUCGGGGAUCUGACUCAGCUGAAGGAACUUCACAUUCAAGGAAACAGACUCACUGUACUGCCUCCUGAACUUGGUAACCUGGACCUGACAGGCCCAAAGCAGGUGUUUAAGGCUGAGAAUAACUCCUGGGUGAUUCCCAUAGCAGACCAGUUCCAGUUGGGCAUAUCUCAUGUCUUUGAGUACAUCCGCUCAGAGACCUACAAGUAUCUUUACGGGCGACACAUGCAGGCCAACCCCGAGGCGCCCAAAAAGAAUGCCGACAAAUCAAAGAAGAUCAGCCGCAAGCCGCUGGCGGCCAAGAACAAGUGAAGAAGGGCUGAUCCGAACAUCCGAGAUGAACCUCACUGCAUGUGCCUUCUUCGUUUGAUAUUUAUUCAUAAAGUAUGUUUUUUAUUGCUUCAGUAUUACGUUAAUCAUGUAAUCUCCAAAUGGCCAAUCAUUUCUUCCAUGUUUAAGAAGUGUCCUUCUUGUCCAAUGCCACUUUUUGCCUUCAAAGUGCCACUUCUGUCAAUUCAGACCUGCGCUGGGUGCUAAUCCGAUUUCUGAACGCGUGUCUGUUGCGUCUCUUGAGAGGCGGCGGGAGUGUUGUCCUAGUCAUCCAUUCAGAUGAGGGGAGCAGGGAAUUUUGGGAGGUGGUGACGAGUGUUUUGUAACCGAAGAGGGAUUUAGCAGGAGUUUGGGGGUCUU